AUGUGGACCAAGCGCCGGAGGGUAGCCUCUGCUUCAGCUCUUGUAAUAAGACGUAGUUCUUCGUCACUUCACCGAACCUUCUUCUCCGCGACCUCUAUCUCCCUGUUGACGACCUCGAGGUACUUCGCUCUCCGGUGGACUCCAAGACCCUUAGAGCUUGUGAAGGAUCGGCCACAUUGGGGGCAUGGAAAACCAUCGGGUGGCGACUGUUCAACGGGAGGGGGGGCAUUGGAUGAAGCAGCGGCCUCGGUUGUUUCGGCAGAACCGGCGCGCAGUGGCGGACGCCAGCUUAUGCCUCCUCUUCUUGUGGUUGGAACUGCUCGAAACGAUGAGGGCAAAAGGGCUGAAAACCCCAGUGCUCCUGUCCUCAGCAGAAGUUGUGACUCCCUGCCCGUAGGUCGGUCGGAGGCACUUGAUUGGCAGCAGGAAGUCGAAGCAUUUGUCGCCGAAGACCUACAAGAAGCCUUAAUCCUGGGAGUUCCGUGGCUGCAAGGUACCAACGUAAACUGCGAUUUCGAAAGAAAGUGCGUCCAUUUUGGCACAGUUACCCGCCAUAGAAUUUAUUGGGUUCGACCGACGCCGUCAAUCAACGCACCGGCCACACCUAUCAAAGAACUGGUAACCAAUAGUUUUCCUCCGGAAUACCACGACCAGUUUCAAAAAUUAGUCCAAGACUUUCAAGAGGUAUUUAGGAAGCCUUCAACCCCGACCAAAACCGCCCAAUACGUCAUUCGGCUCUCGAAGAACGAACCUUUCUGUCUACAGCCGUACCGCUACUCUGAGGAAAAGAAAAGGUUGAUCCAGAAUCAAAUUGAAGAAAUGCUUACGGAUAAAAUAAUCGAGCCGAGUCAGUCGACUUACAAUUCUCCUGUGGUUAUUGUUAAUAAGAAGAGUGGCGAUCUGAGGUUUUGUGUAGAUUUCCGCUGUCUUAAUAGUAUCACCCAUGACGAAGUUUCACCUCUACCGGCAAUCCACGAGACCCUGAAGGCAAUAGAAAAAUCUAGCAUAUUUUCCACAAUCGACUUGAAAUCCGGUUACUGGCAAAUUCCGAUGCAUCCCGAAUCCCGGCAUCUCACAGCAUUUACCGCCCCGGACGGAGGGAAGUUCCAAUUCCUAGUAAUGCCAUUCGGGCUAAAAGGAACUCCUGCCACUUUCCAACGAACUAUGGGACAAGAGGUACUGACGGGAUAUCUCCGGAAAUUCUGCUUAGUCUAUCUGGACGAUAUCAUUGUUUUGUCCAGUCAUGGGAAGACCAUAUCCAGCAUCUCCGCCGUGUGUUCGAGAGAUUGCAACAACAUAAUCUCGCUUGCGCUCCUGAAAAAUGUGUGUUUGGAUCCAGAACGCUUACUUACUUGGGCCACUCCAUACCAGCUGAAGGGAACUCGCCACUUCCUAGCCAUCUGGGGAAAAUCUACGAAGCACCAGUUCCAACGACACAACUUUCAGCUCCUCUUACGGACCUACUUAGCCCAAGAAGAAUGUGGAGUUGGAGUCAGGCAUGUCAACAAUCUUUCGAACACAUUAAAAGCCUUAUGCAGCAGCCACUUCGCCUACACCGACCGGAUUUUAGUAAGACGUUCAUCCUACAAACAGAUGCCAGCAAACAAGGAGCCGCCGCCGUCUUUUAUCAGGAAGGACCAGAUGAUACGACAACCGCACUAUUACUUGAAGAAUUCACUUUUACUCUCGAACACUGUCCUGGAGCCAGCCACCAACUACCUACCAGAUGCAUUAUCCCGCUUGCCGGCUGAAGAACCUCUGCCUCCUGACAGCCACGAUGUUUCUCGUCUACUCCCGCCUAGCAACCGUCCACCAGGAAUAGUUCAGGUUCGCCUGGAAACGCUUCGUGACGAAAUCCGAAGAGAACAAGGAACAGAUCCGGCUACCAUACAAAUCCGUCAGCGAUGUACGUUCUUGGAAGAAAAUCCCGUAGGUCACACCCAAGAUGGCACCGCCUUCCUCCAACGCUACCAAGUGCGGGACGAUAUCCUUUGGGAGAAGAAGGAAAAUACUUGGCUGAUGAUAGUACCUACUUCUCUUCAACCACAGUUGAUAUACAAGUAUCACGACGAAGCUGGACAUCCUGACAUCCAGGAAACAGUGCGACAAAUCUCACAGUUUUAUAAAUGGACCAACCUGAAGUCGGAUAUUUCAAGUUAUAUCCGCCAAUGUCGCAUCUGUCAAUGCAGUAAAAAUCAGCGUGUUACUCAAGCUCCACUUCGACCCCGACAACCUCUUACACCUUGGGACACAAUAGCGCUCGACCUGAUGGGACCAUAUCCAAGAACAUCCCGUGGAAGAAAAUUCAUCCUAGUCGUUACCGACCUGUUCUGCCGUUGGGUAGAAGCGUUUCCCAUCAGUUCAGCAACAACCGCCGUCAUCACCCGCCUACUGGAACAAGAAGUGAUGCAACGUUUCGGCUACCCUCGUGCGAUCCUCACGGACAAUGGGUCCCAAUUUACCAGUCGACAGUGGCAGGCUGCAUGUAUAAAGUGGAAGGCACACCAUUGGACCACGGCUAUCUACCAUCCCCGCGCCAAUCCCACCGAAAGACGCAAACAAGAAAUCAAGACCGGUCUGCGCAUAUACCUACAGCAAGGCGAGCAUCGUACCUGGGAUACUCACCUGUCAAAAAUCCUCUUCGACCAGCGCGGCCGGAGAAACGCAGCCACAGGCACCACACCCUAUUAUGCCCUUUUCGGACGAUCCCUUUUAAAGCCAGGAGAGUGGAACAAUAACCCCGACGACGUAGACCCCGUUACAUACCAGGAAAGAGUGGAAAACAUCCGCCGACAUCAGUACCACUACUUACAACCACGCGUUACCGCAGAACCAAGGGAACCACAACGCUACGAACCUGGAAAACUGGUGUAUUGUAAGGAGCAUCCUCUGUCCAAUAAAGAAAACCAGUUUCAUGCCGGGUUCGCUUCACGAUGGUCUGGCCCUUACCCGAUCCAGGGCUACGCUGGGGGAAAUACUUACUGGGUCGAGGAGGAAAACCGGCUAGUGAAAGUCCACCACGAACAACUUCGGCCAGUCCUGCAUCCACCAGAAUAA